GUGCAGCGGUUCAGUUUCGGAGCGUACCCCCCUUUUCUUUUACUCAGUUAGACCCUUCCUGUUGGUCCAUCCGGCCAAUAGCAGCAGCUCAUACUCAAAUCCUUCUUCUGCCGCUAAAAUCAAACUCGCGCCAACUGUUGCCCUGUCCAGCUGCAUAUGUGUGUGUGGAUGAAAGUAACAGGAGAGAACUUCACAGUCGGUGUGGCUCAAAUCAGCAGCUGAAAAUGGGAAUCUCUGGACUGCUGCAGUUCAUCAAAGAUGCUUCAGAGCCCAUCAACGUGAAAAAAUACAAAGGCCAGACUGUGGCUGUGGACACAUACUGUUGGUUACAUAAAGGAGCAUUUGCAUGUGCUGAGAAGCUCGCUAAAGGAGAACCAACUGAUCAGUAUGUCUGGUACUGCAUGAAAUUUGUGGAAAUGCUGUUGACCUUCAGUGUCAAACCAAUUCUGGUGUUUGAUGGACGAAAUCUGCCUUCAAAACGAGAAGUGGAAAAGGCUCGCAGGGAGCGCAGAGAAGGCAACCUUCAGAAAGGCCGACAGCUACUACGUGAAGGCAAACUGUCUGAGGCCAGAGACUGUUUUACCCGCUGUGUUAACAUCACCCCAGCCAUGGCUCAUAACCUUAUUAAGGUUGCAAGGGCGAGAGGAGUGGACUGUGUUGUGGCUCCAUAUGAAGCUGAUGCUCAGUAAGCUUACCUCACUAAAUCUGGUUUGGCCCAGGCUGUCAUCACAGAGGACUCGGACCUGCUGGCAUUCGGCUGCAAAAAGGUGAUCCUCAAAAUGGACAAGCAGGGCAACGCCCUGGAGAUAGACCAAAGCAACAUGGGCCGAUGUCGCUCUCUGGGGAACGUGUUCACGGAGGAGAAGUUUCGCCACAUGUGCAUCCUCUCUGGAUGCGACUAUCUGGCCUCCCUACAUGGCAUCGGCCUAGGCAAGGCCUGCAAACUGCUGAAACUGGCCAAAGACCCUGAUAUCCUCAAGGUGAUCAGAAAGAUGGGCCAGUAUCUGAAGAUGAAUCUAGUUGUCCCUGAACACUACAUCGAGGGAUUCAUCAGAGCCGAUAACACUUUCCUCUACCAGCUGGUGUUUGAUCCCGUCAGGAGGAAGAUUGUACCCCUCAACCCGUACCCAGAGCACAUCGACCCGGCCACCCUCAGCUACGCCGGACUUAAUGUAGGAGAUGACAAAGGCUUGCAGAUGGCCUUGGGAAACCUUGACAUCAACACCAUGGAAAGGAUAGAUGACUACAGCCCCGACAAACCCAUUCCACAGCUUUCUAAACCCCGCAGUCGCAGCUUCAACUACUCAUCAGCCCUCUCUGGGCCCAGUAUCUGGAGUGGAGGCUUAAAGAAGCCAGCAGCAGUUCCCCCGGCCCGGUCUGCUGCCUCUCCAGACAGGCUUCCCUCCACCAGGGGGAAGGAAAGAAUCAUCAGCCUGGGCGCUCUGAGGCUGUCCUGUGGAGAGCUGCAGGUGAAGAGACCAAGAGAAGACUCUCGUGUAUCAGACCAGGAUGUGCUGCAGCAGUACUCGUCUCCCAGUCACAAGCGAUCCAGGUCGGAACGCCAUCCAGACAAGCCCACAUUAAACAGUCAGCCCCGGCCACGCAACCGCUUCGCCACCCUGCUGCAGAGGAGGAACCAGGAAGCUGUGGAGGAUGGCCAGGCCACAUGCAGCAGAUUCUUCAGCAGUUCCAGCCCAGCAGCCAGUCUGAGCACUAAGGAGGCUGCUCGGGAGGAUUUACCUCAGGAUGCGGAGCCCGGAGCUGCGAGUCUCACUCUGGACGAUUCUCCCAGCACCCAAAACAAUGACGGCGAAGGACCCGACAUUCCAUCCGUGGACACCCCCAGCCCGCCUCCGUCCCCUAGCACCACAUCUCCCAGUUCUGCCAGUCAGGGCCUCAGGCUGUUUCACUGGGCAGGCAACUCCCCUACGACUGAACAAUCGAGAACGGCUACGUCCACUUCAGGCCUGAGCGCCCUGCAGCAGUUUCAGUAUAAGAAGGAGAGUUGUUCCUCAUCGUCAAAGACCUGCAGACCCCCUGGAGACAUGUCACCCCCAUGUCAGUCAUCCACUGAUGGAAAGCCAGGGGAAAAAGAUGAUGUCCCAGAUUCCCCUCCCUCCCAGGACAGCGCCUACUUCUCCUCCCAGUCCCAGCCUUACCACACUUCCUGCCACAAAGAGGAAGUCCUCACCUACAGCUUCCCCUCCUCCUACCAGGAGGAUGUUGCAUCUGAAAUGAAUUCAAGCAAAGAUUCUGAACCAGAGCAGAGUCCCACACACUCAACAGAAGGAGAUAAGAAACCUGGCACGCUGAGAUCUAAGGUUUCAGGUCUGUCGAAGCCGAAGUCCAGCAGCCAGUGUCGAGCAGCAAAGCUGCCAUCAUUGGGCCCCGCCAGGGCCAGCGGGCUGAGGAAAAAGUCUGCGGGUUCUGCGAAGAAAACCUCUACCUCCAAUACUGAGAACAACCCCGGUGUCCAGGCCACCAUCAGCAGCCUUUGGAAGAGCUUCAGCUUCAAAAAAGAUUCCCAGAAGAUGAGUUUCUGUAAGAAAGGAGAGCCCAUGUCUCCCGUCAAAGACAACCUGCCGGCCAGCUCACCUCCGACGGACAUGAACUUAAUCACCAGCUUCUGAGGGAUGCUUUGAAUGUUUCACGCGGUGCUGAACGCCGCUCUGCGUGGGACUGAAGCUUUUAAUCAUACCAUGUAUGAUCAUGAUUUCUCAUUUUUCUUAAUGUAUAGUUUUUUUAAAUAAAACCUUUUGAUGCAAAUGUA